CCCUUCGGCGUGUUUAAGUCAUAUCCUCUCUAGAACAAGAGGAAUUCAGAGAACGACGGCAAAACGGGCCGUUGUCAAGGCAUGAUGCUGUGCUUUUUAACGGCAGCGAUCUUAUCGCUGCUUGGAUAUGCGGCGCCACAGAUACCUGAUAUGCCUUCUGUAAUUGAACUAGUGGACACGAUUGGUGACAAGCAGAUCUUAUCUGUUGGAGACCUAGAUGACUAUACACAGAGCCUCCUCCAGCUUGCCCAUAUUCACAUGGCAAAAUCUUUUACUACUGAAACUAAACGCUACAAAAGGGCCCUAGAUUUAGUUUCCGUCCGAGUGAAUGCAACGGAGAACUUCGUGCCUCCUGUGGCCAAUCCUUCAGUGUUUGAUACAACUGACCUUGUUGGAGUAACAAACAUGCGGGUUUUGUCUACUCCAGGGAAAGAGUACUGGAUUUUAGGAUACAGUGGCAUCCAGAAAUCUCAUGCAGUACUCGAGAUAACACCAAGUCUUAACCAGUUAAGGCUUAUUGGAAGGUUCACUUUGACCGAAGAUCUUGCGGAAAUAAAACAUGUAACUGCUCAAAUAGUAGACGGAUAUAUUUGGAUAGCCAUGGCAUCCACUAACAACUUAGUGUCGGUAAUUGUCGUGGAUCUAACAUCGGAAGUCGUCGACACUCCCCAGGUGAUUGUAGCGGAUGCCGCAGUUGGAGGACUACACAUGUUCAAAACUGGUGGCCACUUGUUCUUGGCAGUGGGGACAAAUGAUCCAAAGCCUCAUCAGGAAGAUGCAAAAUCUAGAAUUUACCAAUUGGUAGGGCAAUACUUCGACCAGCAAGACGGCUUAUCCCUCCAAGCUAAGAAUGUUACUGACAUAACCGGAUUUGCUUACCGGAAACACUAUUAUCUCGUCUUCGGUAUGACUCACUCGGAGGGUUCACAUGUGUAUAGAUUCAACGCUGAGCUGAGGACUCUGACGCUAGUCCAGCAAUUGACAGACCUCGACGUUUAUAGUGUUCAUUACUUUCAUGAACAACAAGAGAAUAGACAUUAUAUUAUCAUGAAUAAUGGCUUAGAACCCAAGCUCUACAGAUGGUCAAAUGAGCAACUCCUCUUGUGGCAAGAGUUGGACAAAGGCACUAAUGUCAACCCAGUAGGAAGUAUUCAAACUUUCACAUUUUCAUCACUAGAAUCCAUCAUUAUGGUUGCCUAUGGUAAUAAAGUGGUGUUUUAUGCAGAUGAUGUAUCAGCACACUUCAACUCUAAUUUUGUCAUGCAUACCAAUUGCAAUGACCUAGGUGACCUUUCACUAGUGAAGAUAAACAGUGAUUAUGUCAUAACUUAUAUCUGUGUAGAAAGCAGUGGUAAAAGCCUCGAGACUAGGCGCGUCGUUAUGGAUUACAUAGAUCUAGAAAAACCUACAGACGAAACGGACCACCUCCUACAGUGCCUCGACACUCUCAAAGAAGACCUCGAUUCUAGAAAGCCAACCAUAGAACAUUUGGGAGAGGUUAUUGCAACUGAUCUAUUAAUGACUACUGACAACUCCCAGACUUGGCAUGGACCACUAACCUUUACCGAGCCAUUAACGGUAAAUGGUCCAGCAGUUGUACAACAAACUAUGAAUGUAAUUGGUGAUGGUACUGCACAAGCACACGAGGAAACGUACGACCUGUUCCUAACUAAAACUGCAAAUCUAGAGAAUGACAUCUCCAUUGUAAACUCUGGAAUGGACAACAUCCUCUACCAUUCAAAGGAUCAAACCAUCAUGGGAUCGAUUGUGGCAACUCCUCUUACUGUGGAUUACUUCGAAUCCAACUCGACAAGGCUUACAGAGUUGAAUGGAACGCCCUUGCUUAGCUUAAGCCAAGUUUUUAUGAUUGAUGGUAUUGACCAAGCUGUAAGUUCUUCAAUGUACAUAAACACCAUGAAGGCCGAUAUCUUCAGUACACGGGAUGGAACUGCUGCAACAAUAAAUGGAGUAAAAACCAACCAGUUAAUGAGGAAGAGCCUAGCUUCUCAAGUUGUAACUGGUAACUUCAAUUAUGAAGACUUUGUUGUACAAAGCAUUGAGGGAUCGACCACCACCGAUAAUUCUCUAGUAAUUAAUGGCAUAAACACCAACACCAUUGUAACAAGAGGACAAAAUGUCACCUUCCUUGACAAAAAGACUUUCUUGAACUUGCUGAUUCAAGAAGACUUAAACAUUGACCUCCUUAAUGAAAUUGACCUUUCUAGCCUUGCUGAGGAUCUGGUGUACAUGAACUUGUUCAAGCCACAAGUUUUGGAUGGUCACUUUACUCUUCAUGAUCUAAAUGUAGAUGGGAAUGUUGAUGUGAGACACAUUAAUGGCGUCGACAUGAAAGAACUUGAUACGAUGGUUGUCAAAACUUCUGGAGACUUCACAUUAUCUGGUGAUGUAACAUACCAGAAGGACUUGGGAGUGUCUGGAAGCAUGACCAGCCCAAAACUGAAUGGGAUUGCUAAGGAGAACAUUGUUGAUCUGCAGACCCCCCACAUUCAAGGCCACUAUACCUUUACAAAUGCUAAUGUAAAAACUUCUAUAGAAUGCAGUGACCUAAAUGGAAUAGACAUCAAUGUUGAUGUGGUCACCAUUGAUGCUGACCAAACUAUAACUGGUCGGCUAACCUUCACUGACGAUGUAGUGGUUAGUGGGUCUGAGGGAGUAAAAAUGACCGACACUGCUACUGUAAAUGGCAUCCAUCCAAAGAGCCUCGAGACUUUCGACGACAAAGGAAACCUUCUCAUUAAGACUAGUGUUACUUUUACAAACCCCCUACAUGUACUGGAAGAUGUUUCUGUAGACAUUAUUAAUGGUUUGGAUAUGAGCGGCAUUGAAGAUAGAUAUUGGAGGAAAAGCACUAACCAAAUGAUCUUGGUGUCGCCAGCUCUAGAUAAUGCUAGAUUCAAAUCUGCUGUGACAGCAGGGUCUAUAAAUACUCAUCAGAUGGAGGACUACCUCUCUGUGACAGGACUACAAACCAUUGAAGGAACAUAUACAUUCCAGGGCUUGGUCAAUAUAGCUGGUAACCUCAACAUGAUGGAUGGAAAGGCUAUAGAUAAUGUGGAUGUGUCUGCACUAAAGAAUAAUCUUGUCAACUUGGCUGACGACCAAACUAUAAAUGCUCCAACGAGCUUUGCAGGGAAAAUAGCUGCCUCUGGUAGCUUGGAUUUGGAUGGCAAAUUGAAUGGAUGGGAUUUGAAUCACGACUUGAUGAGACUCGACUUGUCCUUGCCUCACACAGGUAACCUUAACUUUGUGGACAAAACUACUGCAGCAUCCCUGAGUAUUUCUAGUGCAGAUUUAGUAGUCCAGAGUCUAAAUGGCAUGGAUGUGCAGUCUGCAGUGGAUGAUUUGGUUACUGUAGGAAAUGAUGCAACAAUUGCUGGGCCCUUGAAGUUUACAUCUAGUGUAAACGCAAACAACCUCCAUGUUAGUGGAUUGGUUGACGGCGUUGAUGUGUCGGAUCUUGUGGACCGCAGCCUUAAGAAGACUUCUGCUACACCACAAGCAGUAACAGGGACCAUAACCGUAAAUAAGGAAGUUCACUUUGAUCAGAGCCCAUCUCUGGCUACGGUUAACGGCAAGGACUGGACCACCCACCUCGACAAGGUUGUGCCACAAAACUACAACGGAGCAAUUGGCGGAAAGAAGACUUUCACAAAGCCGGUUUCUAUAUCUGGGAACUUCAACCCAACCACCAUAAACGGAUUUAGUGUAGCUCCCCUAACAGACAGAAUACUGACCAAGAGUACAAGCCAGGUUGUUGGCAGCAAGUACACAAUAGAUGGCAAUGUUGCAGCCAAAAAUGUUAAUGCCCAAGAAAUUGAUGGAGUAAACACUGUAAACCUGGUAUUAGUGGACCAAACCCGAUCCAUAAGUGGAUUGGUUAGUUUUGCUGAUAACUUGGAAGUGAAAGACGUUACUUCGGAUUUGGGAAUACUUGAUGGCUGUGACCUUGUUCAGCUUAAUGCAUCUACUGUAUGGAGAGCCAGUGAUGGAAGUAUAGAAAUGCCCUUCCCAAUAACAAUGGCAUCGAUAGACAUUGCCCAAGAUGUUGUGAUAAAAGCUGGUGUCAAGGCUGGCACACGGGAACUGAUGCAUUUCCUAAACACUCUAGUACUGAAGUCUUCAAAUCAAGAAAUCUCGGGCAAAGUAGAAUUCAUCAGUGACAUUACAUUAGCAAGCUUGGUGGCAUCCACUGCAGAUGGAGUACAUAUUGACAACCUGUAUGCUGUAACGGUCAUGGAUAACCAGGAUAGUGUCAUAAACUGUGACAUCACCUUCACCACCAAUUUGAACACGCAAAUCCUGUCUGUGGCUGAGGCUUCUGGUAUAGGUGCUGAAGGCGUACUAAUAAAUUCCUUGAAUGUGACCAAAAUAAACGAGAAAGCAGUCCUUAUUCAGGGAGGCUCUUACUUGAUGACUGGAUUGAAGAGUUUCACUAAUGGUUUAACUGCUGGUGGACUGAAACUUACUGGAUCUCUAAGUGGCGUACCAGUAGCUGACUUGGUGGUAGUUUCUGCAAAUAGUAGACUAGCAGAUGACUUGACCUUCAAAGCACCCAUUACGGUCAAAGGAGAUCUAGAGGUGGAAGGACUGAUCGAUAAUGUUGACCUAGAGCAACUUCUAAUAGAUAGAAUCAGACUUGACACGCAAGAGACCUUGACUUCUUCUACAAUCUUCGAGGGACUAAAAGUGGAAGGUGACCUUGUGGUUGAAGAAAUUAAGGGAAUAAAAGUGAAAGACAUUGUACUGAAGUCUGGAAGAAUUCAACAGGAUAUUACUGGGCCCAAGAUCUUUAAUGGAGGCUUCAAAGUAGAAGGGGAAAUCCAGGCUACUCUAAUUAAUGAUGUGGACAUCCCAUCACUGAACCUAAACAUCGUCCGAAAGGAUAGAUCGGCUAAAAUAGAACACAAUUUGGUCUUUGAAAAAGCAGUAGAAGCAAACACUGCAAUUGAUGUCACGGGAGAAGUGAACGGCUACAGAUUAUCAGAUGUGAAUUAUGCCCCAUCAGUAUUGAACCAAAACAUUCAAGAUCAGAGUACAAGACUAUACAACCUCAAUAGCACUCUUUCUAAUACCUUCAUUGACACGAAAACUCUUGCUUGUGGCAUGUAUGAAACAUUAAUGUAUGGCGAGCUCGUUAAUGUUGAAGAUGUAGCAGUAACGGGAAAAAUGAGUUUUGGGUCCUUCAGUGGUACUCCAUUUGUGGCAGUAAGGGAGUGUGAUGUCCUAUGCACCUGCCCUAGUCGAUACUCCUUCUACCAUGUAUCAAAUAAUGGAGACUUGCUGCAAGACUUCAAUGAUACCGAUUCUGCCUUCAUCUUCGAUACAGAGGGUUAUGAGGGGACCGGUGUAGUGAACAGUUGCACUGGAGAAGCUGUAGUGAAGACCUUGCAGCUUACCGAUUCCAGCCACCCUAUUGGGAACUUGGGUACUGUAGCUGAUGUUGCAGUGUUCAGAGUAAAUGGCGUCAGUUAUAUUGUAACUGCAGGUACAAUUGCAGAAGGAAGUAUUGGUGCAACAUCUAGCAUUCAUGUAACAAAGUUGAUCUCUACACCAGUGGUCAUCUGGUCCUUGCAGACCUCGUAUAGUGCCGCAACCGUGGAUGUAACCUUGGGUGACAAUGGGUGGAUGCUGUUGGUUGCAAAUCACAUGGCCUCAAAUGACUCGGUAGAUCCCUUCACUGCGCCAUCUCAGUUGUACUUGUGGUCAACCACUGAGGAAAAGUUUGACCUCAUUGGUGAGUACAUGGGUCAACGGGUUACAUCGGGCAUCUUCCUAGAUGCAAAGAGCGCUCUCAAAGAGCGAUACUUCUCUCUAGCACAGCUGCAGGCUGCAGAUUCUCCCGUGUCUGAAGACAAUGUGAAGUAUACAACAGACGUUAUGGUGUUCAAGUAUGGCCUGUCUGGAUAUCAGCCUUAUCAGAGGCUGCCAUCCUAUGGUGUGGUUGCUCAGGAGUCCAUCUACAUAGGGGAUGAUCUCUACUUGCUGUUGCUCUCUGAAUUCACACAAACGUUGGAUGUGUAUGAAAAUUCUCCAACUGAGGGAUUCCGGCUUUAUCAACAAAUCCCAGUAUGCCGUAACCCACUUGAUGUAACGAGGAUUGUGGUAUCCUUCAAAGAUCUUCUGCUGGUAUCUUGCAAGGAACCGGCCCAAAUUAUGAAGAUACAGCUCUUGGCUAAAGGAUUCACAUACAGAGAAUAGACGAAGGGUGUACAUCUAUGUAAUUUAUGAUUUUUAAUAAUUCUAAACAACUAAA